UCCCUCUCGUUCUCCGACAACUCUAUAAGAGCAAUGACAAACCUUACUUCGUUUAAACAUAAACUCAACUACAACCAGUAACUACAUAAAAUCAAAAAGCUAUGUCAGAAAAAAUAAACUUGAUAAAAGUUUUCGACGACGUUAAAUUUUUGUUAAAAUAUUUGGGAUGUUGGAAUUCUCCUGAUGAAAAUACGUUUUAUAGAAUAUACAAAUACUUUGUUAUAAUAUCAUGUUUUCUAUUUUCCAUAACAAGUGACAUUUAUGGAUUGAAAUACGCAUUUAUUGAUACAGAUAAAGCUUAUGAAGCGUUACCACUUGCAGUUGGUGCAACGGAAGCAGUUGUGAAAAGUUAUUUAUUUCGCAAAAAUUUCCAAAAAUUUACUGAAUCGUGGAAUCAAUUACAACAACCAGAAUUUCAACCAAGGAACGAAGAACAAAAAACUCUUUUAAAAAAUUACAAUGCAACGAUCAAGUUACUUUUCAAAGUAUAUGUUGUCGGAGUGUAUUUUUGUUGUGUAAAUGCAAUUCUUAUAUCAUCGUGGAUGAGACAUAAAGAUUUACCUACGGAUCACUGGUUUCCUUUUGAUUACCACAAGCCCUUUUUGUACCAAUGUAUUUAUCUUCAUACAGCAAUUACUGUUUAUCUUUGUUCUUACGUAAAUUGUGCUUUGGACUCUUGCUUCUUUUUUUCUUUGAUGCAGAUUAUAGCACAGUGUGAUGUACUUGCUAACACUCUUAGAAAUAUUCAUGAUUUAGACAAAUUAAAAGCAGCUCACAGAAUUUCAGAAGGUAAAGGUAAAGACGAAGUUAUGAACGAAAUAUUAAUCGAAUGUAUGAAACAUUACUUACUCAUUAGAAGGUACACUAAUUUAAUUACAGAUUGCUUCGGUGGAAUUAUAACCUUUCAGUUAAUACCCUCGGUUGGAAUGAUUUGUUUUUGUAUGUAUAACAUAUUUAUACUAGACCAAUCAAGUUCGCUAUUUUUUCAAUUCGUUCUUGUUGGAGCUGGUUCCAUAGUUCAAAUUUUCUUUUAUUGCCUUUUUGGUAAUCUGGUUACGGUUACAAGUGAAAAACUAUUUUAUGCCACUUUUGAAUCGCAAUGGUAUGCGUCGUCACGUAACUUAAAAAAAAAUUUGAUCACGUUGAUGAUGACGUUUCAAGAACCAAUAACUUUCUGGGCUUGGAAUAUUUUUGCAAUAAACUACGAGACCUUUAAAUCGAUUAUGCGAAUGUCUUGGAGCAUCUGUGUUGCUCUUAAAAGUACACAGGAUAUUUGAAUUUAUAUUAUCCAAAGAACUCUGUCGUAAAUAACAGAUUCACCCAACUAAUUACAGAUGGUUUCAAAGAAAUUAUAACUUUACAGUUCCUACCGUCAAUUGCAAUAAUUUGUAUCUCAACAUACGUAUCCCUGGUAAGGACAAUACAUUUUUAUUUUCAAUACAUUAAUGAUACAUUAUUAUAGCUGCAACUAUCAGACACACAAUUUUGGUUUUCUAUAUUUACUGAACUCGUUGCCACUGUCCAAAUUUUCUUUUACUGUGUUCUUUUUUGGUUAUCAUGUGAUUAAAAUAAUUUAAUAAUAAUUAUUAAUUAUUAAUGAUUUUUAACUAACUGUUCCUAGAUUAUACAAACAUCAUGGAGCAUGGUGUUGCUUUUAAAAGCAAAUAAGAUUAAUAUUUUACUUAUUAAUAUUAAAUACUACGUCAAAUUAGGGUAAAUAGGGUAUACGUAGAGAAUCUAAAUGAAAACGUAGUCAAAGUGAAUUGUAAACAUGAACAUAAGUCCAAACAGUUGCAUAAAUACCUGUAAAAUUUAUCAGUACAGCUGCAAUUUUUUUUUUUCUUCUAGAAUAAAUGAAAUUUCAACUUUGACAACAUUCUUGUGAACAUCAUUACAAUUCACAAUGUUUUCCCAACACUCUGUAGUAGUCAUGUAAUUUUAACAAUCUAUGCACGACAUUCGUUCAUUCGUUAUUCAAACUCACAACAUAUUUUCCGUUUUACUUAUUAUUUACUUCAAUUUUUAAAUUUUAAUGCUGUGAUUAAAACUGUAAAUUUUAGAGAACAACCACUAGAGUAAUAAACUUUAAUAUUAAAAUGGAAUUUCUAAAUUGUACCUAAAUAACUUUUCUUACACCACUUGUUGUACUUUUAACUAUAAAUAACACAAUAA